GGGAGCGGUGGGGCCGGGCCGGGCUCGGCUCCACCACCCGCUAACGACGCAGCGGCAGCGGCCCCGGCUGAGCGCAUCCUUUCUCGCCCAUGCCAGGUGCCCUUUCCUGGCUGCGACGUGACUGAGGAGCGAUGGGGCCUCUGCGGGAGAGCAGCAAGGAGCAGAAGACGCAGCUGGAGAAGGAGGUGUCCCGCAGCCGCAUCCCCCGCCUGGUCCUCCGCCCGCAGCAGAAGACAUCCCCCGCUUCCGAGUCGCCCUUUUCGGAAGAGGAAAGCCGGGAAUUCAACCCGCCCAGUUCCUCCGGGGGUUCCCGCAGGACCGUCAGCAGCAACAGCUUCUGCUCAGAUGACACUGGCUGUCCCAGUAGCCAGUCAGUAUCUCCGGUGAAGACUCCUUCUGAUGCUGGGAACAGUCCUAUCAGUUUUUGCACUGGUAGUGAUGGAGACUUCUGCAGGAAAAUAUUCAGUCCAGGGACAACAAGCGAAGGGAACCCACAGCCAAGUCGAUCUAAGAAGGAAACAAAGACAAGCCUUGUAAAUCCUGGCAGUGAAGCUGAUUUUAGCUCUUCAGGCAGCACGGGCAGUAUUUCAGGACCUGAAGUCCAUCUGUCUGCUGCUGGAAGCAAGAAAUCUUUCUCUCGCAAUCGUGGCCCUUAUGGUCGGAAUAAUGGAUCCUUAUCCUACAAGCCUGGAGCCAGCCCACUUGCUUCCCGUGAAAAGGACCCUUUGCCAACACUGUGCAAAAACCAGCUGAGUCCUCCUAAUAUCCAUCAGAGUUACAGGGCUUCUUCAGUCAGCAGCAGCAACUCAGGCUCACACAAAGGAAGCAACAGCAGCCCAGUGAUGAGGCGAUCGGGAAGGUACAAUAAUUCUUGUGACAAUCACAAUAUUAAGCCACAAAGUCCAGAGCAGUAUUUGACACCUCUGCAGCAGAAAGAAGUCACAGUACGGCAUUUGAAAACCAAGCUGAAGGAAUCUGAGAGCAAACUCAAAGAAAGGGAAAAAGAAAUAGAAGAGCUCAAAGCUCAGCUGGGACGGAUGAGGGAAGACUGGAUUGAAGAAGAGUGUAAUCGUGUGGAGGCAGAGCUGGCCUUAAAGGAAGCAAAAAGUGAAAUUAAACAACUUAAGGUUGUUAUCGAAACCAUGAAAAACAGCAUGGCUGAGAAAGACAAAAAAAUGCAGAAAUAUUUCCUAGACAUAAACAUUCAAAACAAGAAACUGGAAUCUUUGCUGCAGAGCAUGGAGGUGGCUCAGCACAGCUUUGUGCAGGAUGAGCAGCACCUGGAGUACAUGUGUGACUUGGAAGGGAAGCUGUUAGCCGUGAUACCAGACAGCCUCAUCACUGGGGAGCAAGCUCUGGAGGAGGUGGCAGAUAGUGGACUGCUUCUUAAUGAGGGCACAGCUAAUGAGACUGAUUCAUGUGAAGAGAGUUUAACCACCAGCACCUCCGCACCGAGUGAUCCAAUUCCCUCCAAUCCUGCUGUGAAUAAAGAGAUGCUUGAAAAUGCUCUGGAUGAAAAACCAGCUUCCCCCCAGGAGGAGGAGAAAAGCAUCAACGUGAUGGUGGAAAAGGCCAUCCAGACUGAUGUGGUACCAUAUAGCCUGGAUGUGGAGCAGUUCUUCCAAAGCAUCUUCAGUGCUCAAGAUAACUAUCCUCUAAGCCCACCUUCGUCACUGAAGGAGCUGGAUGAGUUUUCUCUUGGAAGCUUCACCGAUUCUGCUAUUGCAGUGGACUUAACUCCGAGUGAUCCAAACUCUGUCAUCCUUUUGUCUCCCAUGGAGUCUCCGUGCCGAUUGGUGCAGCGCGGAGUUAAUGAAAACCGUUUCAUGAAAGAACUUGAUUUCAUCGACCCUCCUGAUGAUGAAGGCUUUAAGUAUGCCCAUACUUCCUCUCAGAUAGACAUCAAGAGGAGCUACUGGAGCAGCAGUCCCCUCACAGAUGUUCUGGCUCUAGCAGUCCCUGUUAUACCAACUGUCCUGUGGGCUUUCAGUACCCACAGAGGAGGCACAGAACCCAUUUACAAUAUUAGCACAUUGCUUCGUGGCUGCUGCCUGGUGGCCCUGUUCUCUUUACGCCGUACACCCUUCCGUACCAAAAUUUAAUGUCUGCUCUGUCCUGGUGUGGUUACCCGAGACAGAGGUGAAUAGGGAUAAAAUAGGUCCUUAAAGUAUCGUAGAUUCUUUAAGAGUUCAUAAUUUUGCUUUUCACUAUUUGAUUUGCACUACAAAUUGUUUCAGAAACAUGUUCCUUGUUCAAAAAUAUAAAA